AUUCUUCAGUACAUUUUCCCAAAUGAAACGUAAAAAGUGUGAAUAUUUGUCUAGUGUUUUUCUUGCAUUUAUAAUAAGGUGAAAAUGUAUAUAUAGUCGGAUUUGCCCCCAAAGCAAACUAAAGCACCUAACGUGCCCAAAAGUUUUUUAAAAAAUUUUACGAAAAUGUUUAUCAAAUUACCAGCCAUCAUGGCUUCCUCAACUUCGGAAAGCGUCUAUUCAGGACAAGACUCCUUACAAUCACAACUUAUAUUAAUACCAACAACAACAUCAUCAAUUUUAAACUUUAUUGACCCCAUCAACGGACAACAGCAACAACAACAACAGCAUGAACAAUUCAACAAUGGAGUCGCUAGCAUUACCGCAAGACUUGUAUUGGGACGGGAAAAUGGAGCCCAUUUCUCCUCCCACCAACGAGCUAUUUUCGCUAUGUGAACCACUUAGCGAAAAUUGGUUCGAUGGUGGUGAUAAUUUUGCAAACGAUUUACCCACAAUUUGUCAUGAAGAACUUGAAUUAAAACAUGAUGAUAUGGAUUUAACAACAGAAUUAUUAAUUGGGGAAGAACUUGUUGUAGAGUUGUACAAUUUAAAAGAAGAAAAUUUCUAUUCACCCUCUCCACUUUUGGACAAUUCACUAGAUAGUGUGGUCACCAAUCCAACACAGGUGAUAAAAGUACAAUCACCCAUCGAUAUCAAUCAUUUUGGAUUUGCUAACCACGGAGCAUCAAUUCUAACAUCAUUGACACCACCCAGCUCCCCACCACAAAGCGUUGCUUCACCAGUACCACAGGCAUUGGAAUUACCAACAACCACAGCGCCGGAAAUCACUAAUUUACCCCUAAAUAUCAAUGAUGUUUUACAAACUUCCGCUGCAUCAGAACCCACAUCUCCAGUUCCAGUUCAAAACCAAUUCGCCUUCAACAAUUGGAAUAACCAUCAUAGUACAACUGACACAGCAUCAUCGAGCGUUGCUUCGUCACCAUCCUCUAAUGGCUCAUCGAAUUAUGACAUUGUUUUGAAUACACAAAUAAUCGAUGAUAUACUCAAGACCGCAGCCAAUGAGUUCUUCGAAGAGAGUGAAUCACAAUCUUCGAUAUCGGCUCCUUCUACGGUAGACUACACAACCACCGAUGAUGAAUGGAUGCCCUCGUCCGGCAGUUGUUCUCCUUCACAAAUUGUCUCAAACGAAACGUUGAACGAAUCUUCUGGCACUUGUGGCGUUGCAAAGAAACGUACUCGUCCCUAUGGGCGUGGUGUUGAAGAUCGUAAAAAACGUAAGAAGGAACAGAAUAAAAAUGCUGCAACUCGUUAUCGCCAGAAAAAGAAGCUCGAAAUGGAAAUUAUACAAAUUGAAGAACAGGAACUUAGUCAACGUCAUGAGGCCUUAAAACGUCAGUUGGCCGAAUACAAACGUGAAGAGAAAUACUUAAAACGUCUCAUACGCGAGUUCUAUGCUAAGAAAAAUUAAAACAAAAAAAUUGUUGAAAUUCCAAGCCACUAUCUUUCAAGCGGAAAUUGUGUCACCGUUUAUGUGUUUAAUAUUUUUACUUCUUCUUUUAAAUUUUGUUUUAAUUCCCCUAACAAUUUUGUAAGAAUUUAUCUUUCGUUUUACAAAAUUUUUUGUUUUUAAUUAAUAAUUGUACUUUUUUUAUAUUCAUAUUACAUUAGUGUUUUACUACAAGUUCUUUUUUUAUAUAUUGUAUUUACUUUUAGUAAGCAAUUAAUAAUUGUGUGUAUUUUUGUUUGCAAACUUAUAAUUAUUGUUUUGUCUCGUAAUGCUUAAAGUUUUUAUUUUUCAAAAAUUUCCACUUUUAAAUAAUGUUUUAAAUGUUAAUCUAGUGCAUUAGUUUUAGAAGUAUUUGUGUUUAUUUGUUAAAUAUUAACACUUAUGACAUGAUCUAAUUUUAAAAACGGUCAUCGAAUCUAUUUUGUUAGUUUAACAAAGAAAACAAUUAAUAUCAAUAUAAAUGUAGAUUUAAAAAAAAAUAUAUAUAUACAUAUAACAAAACAAAACCCUUUGUUCUGAAUCUAUAUUUAAUGCUUCUCAAUGCACUGGACAAAAUAAUAAAAUUUUUAAAAGAAAUACAUACAUAAAUAUAUUUUAAUUUCAAAUUUUACACAAUAAAGGGUUUUACAAAUAAAAAAGA